UCCUGAGGUGACUAGUGACUACUACUCCUAAAAAUCUCUCUCCCUCCCCGAACCCGAGCCGCCUGUUUCUCUCUCUACCGCCAACCCACAAGAAAAGAAAAGAAAAGAAAAGAAAAGAAAAAAAAAAAAAAAACAGACCUCACUAGUCCUCCUUACCAAUACAAUACUCACUCACUGUAUUGCUAUCAUCUCUUGUAUUGAAUUGUGGUCUUUGGAUUGCUUCUAUACAAAAAUGACUUGUGCGUCACAAGCUAUGAUAUCAGCAAACACCUGCAAUUUGUUCUUCAAACAAUAUCACAAGGACUCGAAGAAGAAGCAACAACAUCUCAAUCUCUUCACAGUCCGAGCUUCCUCCGAUGAAUCUGACUGCAAUGUCGAGGAAUGCGCCCCCGACAAGGAGGUUGGGAAAGUUAGCAUGGAAUGGGUAGCUGUGGAGAAGACUAAAGUGGUUGGGACAUUCCCACCUCGUAAACGGGGUUGGACGGGCUAUGUUGAGAAGGACACUGCUGGACAGACAAACAUAUAUUCAGUUGAGCCUGCAGUUUACGUUGCCGAAAGUGCAAUUAGCUCAGGCACUGCAGGGUCUUCUUCUGAUGGAUCCGAGAACACGGUAGCAGUAGCUACAGGUCUUGCACUGAUAUUUGUCGCUGCAGCAUCAUCAAUAAUCCUUCUAGUUGGGAAGAACCCACCCGAAGUGCAGACAGUGGAAUACUCGGGGCCAUCCCUUAGUUACUAUAUCAAUAAGUUCAAGCCAUCAGAAAUCAUCGAAGCCUCGGUGCCAGGAAGCUCUGCUCCGGAAGCUCCCCAGGUUGAGGUUGAAUCUGCAUACCAGCCGGACGCUUCAACUUCAAGCUCUAUUAUCUCUUAGGCAAUUGAAAUAGGAUGUCUUUCUCAAAUAGUUAAAACUCAUCAGAGAUUUUUCCUUAAUACAAAAAAUUGUAUACUAUUGUAAUAAGUUAAUUGCAGCUUUGAAUAGAUAUUUUGCAUGGAUUAUAAGGUCAUGCUAUAUUGGAAAAAUGUAGUUCCUUUUUUCUUUUUC